UGGAGAAAAGCAAGCAGCGGAUCCGACACUAGGAAGUCCACUCUCAUUGGAUGUGUGCUUCAAAUAUAUCUCGAAUCUAAGCAACUUAAUCAAAAGAGAAAUAAUUAAAUAAUUAAAAAAUUACAAAAACAAAGCCUCCAAAAAAACCUAUGUAUUUCCCAUACAAUUUCGCAGCUGCAUCGAUUUCUAAGAAAGACUGUUGACGCGUAGAGUAGGCUGAUAUUUUCUUCGGAUUGGUAUAUUUAUAUCUUGCAGGAUUUCAGCAACUCUGCAAGCUGUCCUCCAGGGUGCGACCAUCUUAUAGUACUAAUAUUUUCGAAUUAAAAAGAAUCCAAACUUCUCAUUGAGUUUAUGGACCGAGUCUUCACGUGAAUUUGCCCGGAACCGGAAAAAGCCUGAACCUGAGUAACCAAGGACUUUAAGAGGCCACUGUAUAAUUUUCAUCAUUAUCUCCAGCGUCGCCCUCGAUUCUAAUUUUAGCAUGAUGUCAUAUCUUAAGCAACCACCUUACUCAGUCAAUGGACUGGGCAUAACUACCUCCGGGAUGGAUCUCCUCCAUCCGUCCGUGGGCUACCCAGCUACACCUCGUAAGCAGAGACGCGAACGGACGACCUUCACGCGCGCUCAGCUAGACAUUCUAGAGGCCCUCUUCGCCAAGACUCGCUACCCUGACAUAUUCAUGCGGGAGGAGGUGGCCUUAAAGAUAAACCUGCCAGAGUCUCGCGUACAGGUCUGGUUUAAGAACCGAAGGGCAAAAUGUCGGCAGCAGCAACAGCAGCAGCAGACCGGAGGGGCGAACAAGAUUCGACCAGUCAAAAAGAAAAGUUCCCCGGCCAGAGAAGCGAGCUCUGAGAGUGGGGCGAGCGGCCAGUUCACACCCCCUACCAUUACCCCAGUCCCUACUGUCUCCGCCAGUAGCGCCCCGGUGUCCAUCUGGAGCCCAGCCUCAAUUUCCCCCCUUUCCGAUCAUCUCUCUACUUCUUCAUCUUGUAUGCAGCGGUCAUACCCGAUGACUUAUACGCAAGCAUCUGGAUACGGCCAAAGCUACGGCGGAUCAUCUUCUUACUUUGGCGGGAUGGACUGCGGGUCUUACCUCUCCUCCGUGCCUCACCAGAUAGCAGGGCCCGGGUCAGCGCUUAGUCCAAUGAGUGCUAAUACUGUUACCAGUCACAUCAACCAGUCCCCAGCUUCGCUAUCUGCUCAGGGGUACGGAGCAUCUGGGCUGGGGUUCAACUCUGCCGCCGAUUGCUUGGAUUACAAAGAUCAACCGGCAUCCUGGAAAUUGAACUUUAAUGCCGACGGCUUGGAUUACAAAGAUCAGACCUCGUCUUGGAAAUUCCAGGUUUUGUGAAGCCAACGACCGGCGUUAAAUUACAUUGACUGUUCAAAAAUAAUACCGAAGUAAGGCGCGUUACCUCGCCGCGAUAUUCAGACAUAUGCCUGAGAAGGACUUGAUUUGGAUACUACGAGCAAGCCCGGGAUGCAACAUUUGGUAUAUUGGUGGCACACCCCCUCAACUCCACAAAGUACCCCCCCCCCCCCCCAAUUAAUGAACCGAUGACAGCUAUUAAAUCAUCAAAGCUUUGGCCACAGUUCCCAUUCUGUUAAAUUCGCAAUGCAGAAACACGAGGCUUCAUUGUUGGCAUGCGUGCGCCUUCUCUGUCAGCCGCUUAAUGGCACCUGUUGGUUAAUUUAAGAGAAAUGUGGAGCAGUGAACUCUCAAUAACUUUGAUCAAAGCCACGGAACAAAUCGUUAUCCAAAAAAACGACGCCCAAGACUCAAUUCUUUGGUUAAGUGCUUGGAAUGGGCCUGCUUUUCUUAAGCCUCUUAAAACUUGCCGACCUACUUCCUAGUUGGUAAAUGGAAGGACUCUUUGAUCAGGACGGUGUGUGGACUGCGCGCCCCUGCGGCGAACUAGAUGCACUACUUUAUUUAAGAAAAAUGUUUAUAAGGAAUCAGUAUGUAGUUUUCAAGAGACAAUCAGUGUGUCAUAUCAAUGGUCCAUAUGUUUUGUUUUUUCUUUCUUUCUGUGAUAGCCUUCAAAACUGUGACCUGUUUUAUUGUAUGCAAUUUGUGAGCUUUGCGUCAGCGAAGCCUGCUAUGAUUUAAAAGUUUUUUUGAACGGGAAAAAGUAUUAAUAUGAUGAAAUAACAAUGAGCAAUUAUUAAAAUAUAGAUCAGGAUUUCCCAAACUUAUGAAGAGUGUUCUGGUUGGGAAAAUAAUCUUGAUAAACAUUUCCCUGUGGUCGUCGUCCUCCUGUGGAUACCAGCCCCUCUACAUGGACCUGUGGCUCCAAUGCUGGUACUGUGAGCCGCCGUAUUUGGACACAAUAAAAGUGGUUUCAUCGAACACUCUGUCAUCAUAACAAUUGAUUCAAUCUAAAUGUCGGGACUUGCCCGUUUGCAAAUAGUGGCAAAUACAUUGCAUGUGUGAAUAAACCGCUCAAUUCCGGACGUCCUACGUAUGUUCCAGCCCCGUUGGAGGGAAAUAAAUACACAAUAAUGAAUACGCAUC